AUGGAUUCCGGCGCGUGCCUGCUGUCCCUGCUGGUGGCGCUCUCAACGGUCAGCCACAUUCGUUCGGAGCCGAUCCUGAGGCUGCCGUCGGAGAAGGCGAUCUCGAGCGAUUACUGCGACAGCUGGAGGCUGGCCGUGGAGACGAACAACGCGGGGGCGUGGGAGCGCGUUCCGGUGAAUUGUGUGAAUUUCGUGGCGGAGUACAUGACCGGAGGCCGGUACCGGAGGGACUGCGACGUGGUCGGGAAUUUGUCGUUGGCAUUCGCGAGGAGCGUGAGAUUGGUCGGAGAUGGAAGAGACGCCUGGGUGUUCGACAUCGACGAGACGCUCCUCUCCAACGUACCUUACUACGAAGAAACUGGAUUCGGAUUUGAGAUCUUCAAUGAGACUUCCUUCAAUAAUUGGGUGAACUUGGCUGCGGCCCCAGCUUUGCCAGCCAAUUUGAUUUUGUACAACGAGCUUAAGGAAUUGGGGUUCAGGAUAUUUCUCUUAACUGGGAGGAGUGAAUAUCAAAGGAAUGCUACAGAGGCAAACCUUCUGCUUUCAGGGUACAGAAAUUGGGAGAGACUUAUCUUAAGACGGUCUUCUGAUCAAGGGAAAUCAGCCACUAUUUACAAGUCUGAGAAGAGAGAAGAGUUGGAGAGUGAAGGUUACCGGAUCCGUGGUAGCUCUGGGGAUCAGUGGAGUGAUUUGUGGGGUUAUGCAGUGGCCGAACGGUCUUUCAAACUCCCAAACCCAAUGUAUUAUAUUCCAUAG